UUAUAAUCUUCCUCUCUCUUUCGUGUUCACUAAAGUUUAGAAAGAUAUAUAUAUAAAAUGGCUCCUACUGUCAAGUCCAAGAAGAAUGCUGAAUCCAUUAACUCUCGUCUUCAACUUGUCAUGAAGUCUGGCAAGUACACUCUUGGUUACAAGACUACCUUGAAGACUAUUCGUCAAGGAAAGGCUAAGUUGGUCAUCAUUGCUGGUAACUGUCCUCCUCUUCGUAAGUCUGAGAUCGAAUACUAUGCCAUGUUGUCCAAGACUGGUGUUCACCACUACAAUGGUAACAACAUCGAUCUUGGUACUGCUUGUGGUAAGCUCUUCCGUACCAGUGUCCUCUCCAUCACUGAUGCUGGUGACUCUGACAUCUUGAGCGCUCAAUAAGUUAUUUUAUUAUAAUUAUUACUAUUAUAAUUUAAAAAUAAAUGCGAUGUAUUUAUUUAUAUAAUUUUAUUAUUAUUACUGUCUAUUUAAUAAUCUAUUUAUUACGGUUUCUUUUCCAAGAACUUCAAUUGUUUCUGCAACACCAGCACCGACUUUUGUUCCAGUAAUAACAUACCGUAAAGCCAUCAUAAUAUGAUUAGGAUUUAAUUUCUUGUUUUCUGCACAAGCAUAUAACCAAGGUUUUAUUACGUCUGAUUUAAAGGGUUCAAUCAAGUUAAAGUCUUCUAUGAAUUUAUUUGAAGAUACCAAAUCUUAAUAGAGAGAAAGUUAGUAAACUUCUUUUAUUCUGUAUGCUUCUUUUAAAUAAAUUUACCUAAAGCGGGCUGCUUUAUUUUU